CGUUUUAUCUUGCUGUGCCCCAGACCCUGCCCCAGACCGUUGAGCCCUUGCCCCGGAACAUCACCUUGCUGAAGAGCCAUAUCGUUAAUAUUUACUUUAAACAUGGAGUUCAAGUUUGACUUUCCCAUAGCAUCGAGCCCGGUCCCCAGCAGCUCCUUCAGCCAGCUCACCAGCGUGUCUUUCGGAGAGGCGGAAGAUCUUGAUCGUCAGUGCAGGGAGCGGUUCCAAAAAUAUGUCCCUGUUAAUGCCCAGGACGACGUUGUCCGUCUGCUCGCUGCAUUUAUGGAUCAUCUCCCAAAAGAUGGCUCCGUGAGGUUGAUGCAGGAUAUAAUAGCUCUAGAUGGCGAUAGUAAACUUCGCCAGCUCAGAAACCAUCUCGUGGAUGCCGUGCUAAAGUCCAUGCAAGCACCAGGUGGAAAAACUCCUGCUCCCACCCCAUCUCCCUGUGGCGACACUCAAGUGCAAAUUGAAUCUCUUGUCGUAACAUCAAUGAAUCCAUCCUCUCGCAGCGAACAGUCUAAACUCAAAAAGGACUGUCUUAAGAGGGACGGCUAUCGGUGUCAGGCUACCGGUCUUUGGGACUGCAAGUCCGUUCUUGACGGACUCAUAAUUCCUAACGAUCAUAAGGCCUCAACAACUACUGAAACUGCGCAUAUCCUUCCUUUUUCUUUGGGGAAGUUUGACGCGGAUAAAGCCAUCGAGACUGAGAACAAGGCAAGAAUUUGGCAAUGCCUAUACAGGUACUUUCCGGGCUUACACAGAGUGCUCUCCCCGGAAACCAUCAAUACCCCUGCGAAUGCUAUCACACUCGACGGGUAUAUCCACCAGCAGUUCGGCUCUCUUAACGUUACUUUCAAAGAAACAGUUAGUACUCCAUACAAUAUUUCCAUUGAGUAUGAGUGCUGGAUAAUUAACGGGUAUCGCCAUAAUAGGACGACGCUCAUGUUUACAAAAUCAUAAAAUACGACCAGACAAAUCACAUUGCGUUCUCUUUCCUCCCUAGCAACGGUUUAAUGGCUCUUCGUUGCGAGGAUAGUUCAGUCCUAAUGCCAAGCCCAUUUCUUCUCUCAGUACAUGCGAGAGUUGGAAAAAUAUUAAAAGUAAGUGGGCUAAAGGACCGACUCGAGAAAAUUAUGUAUACCUUAUUCCUCCCUUCUGAAGUUGAUCCCAGUGGAUCUACCGACCUAGGGACGAUCGUGUCCAACAGGCUGCUUAUACUAACGGACGUUUAAGAGAUUGUCUUAGUAUUGUUAGAGCAUAGUGGCUUCGGCAUCAUUUCAUCAGCAUUGACUCCACCUUCAACUUGAGUGUUUUAAGUGUCGGCAUUUUUCAUACUGCAUCAUCGGAACAGAACGCGCUAAAUCUUUAUCUCCAUGUUUGUCAUUUCAAUUCAUGUUUUCCCCCUUUGCAUGCACUUUGAACAUGUAUUACAGCAGAGUCUCUCUAAAGAGCCUAAUUUCAUAAAACUUGUGCCCUGGGAUGUGUUAAACAUGGCCAAUCGUAGACCUGCCGAAUUACAUCCCAAAUUAAUAGUAAGGAGUUUUGCUACUGUAUAGCGUAGACUCUAGAGAAACGGGUUUAACUCCUUAACCCUAAUGCGUGUAUAUAUAUACUCCAACUUAUAUAUAGUUAUUCAUUCUUGACUCUUGAGACCGGACUGUAGCGCUCCAAUUUAUCCAACUGUAUGAAGUCAGGAUCCAUUUGAACCUUUGACAUAUGGCGCCUUGUAGUCGUAUGGAGGAGACUGUCCGUUGUAAAAGGGGUCAAAUGUGAGGAGGGUGAAGCCUGGAUCCAGGGCAGCAAUACCAGAUGGCCAGCAAGGGUUAGCCUCCAACCCAUCUCUAUAUGGUGGAUUUGCCGAAUGACCCCAUGAGGUGAAACUGAACUCGGGUCGCGUGGGAAUGUCGACGAGCGCCAUCGUCUGCGUCAAAUCCCCAGCCCUUAAGACCCUCCUAUUGACCCCUGACGCCCGCUCGACCUUCCUUCUAAAUUCCUGAUCAGAGAGAGCCUUGACUGGGCCGAUGAAGCAAGCUCCUGACCAUAUCUGGCCACCUCCUCCAUUUUCUCUGCCAGGAAGCCAUCUUAUCAGUUGUCCCUGGGCAUUCAAUCCACUGU